AUGGCGCACCGCGACCAAGCACCGUAUGUGCCCCAAGACCCUAAAGAGAUUGCAGAGCUGGUCCACGCCCUCGAGGCGCACCAGGGCAAGAAGGGCAAGGGUGGCUUCUCGGUCAAGAAACACACGUUUACGCUCCCCAAUGGCCGCACCGUCGACUCGUGGAAGAUGAACGAUUGGGAUUACAAGAAAGCAAACCUCCCGACAUACGCACGAGGACUGUUUACAUACAAGAACCGGGACGGCAACUACGAGAUUGUUACAAGAGGAUACGACAAGUUCUUCAAUCACGGCGAGGUUCGGAAGACUGAAUGGAAGAACGUGGAGCAACACACUCAGGGUCCGUACGAGCUGAGUGUCAAAGAGAACGGCUGCAUUAUCUUCAUCUCUGGCCUGGAUGACGACACACUAUUGGUUUGCAGCAAGCACUCAACUGGUCCACGAGGCGACGAGCUCAGCCAUGCCAUGGCAGGUGAGCAGUGGGUGGAGCGCCAUGUCGCGAGUGUUGGCAGGAAGAAGGAGGAUCUUGCCCGGACACUACGAUCCAUGAACGCGACACUCGUGGCCGAGCUAUGCGAUGACGACUUCGAGGAGCACGUUCUAGCAUAUACCCCGGAGCAGGCUGGUCUCUACGUCCACGGUAUCAACCUCAACCUACCCGAGUUCGCAACAUAUCCUGGCCAUCUAGUCGACAAGUUCGCGGAAGAGUGGGGCAUGAAGAAGGUUACAUAUGUCAUGGAGAAUGAUAUCAAAGAGGUCAAGAAGUUCCUGGACAAGGUCGCCGAGACGGGCAACUACGAAGGCCGUGAUACAGAAGGCUUCGUCAUCCGCUGCCGAGCGCGCGAGGUUGAGGGUGCGCCAUAUGUGGAUUGGUUCUUCAAGUACAAGUUUGAAGAGCCGUAUCUCAUGUACCGGCAGUGGCGUGAGUGCACCAGGGCUUUGAUUGCCGGCAAGCCACCGCGCUACAAGAAGCACGAGGCCAUUACCAAAGAGUAUCUAGACUUUGCCAGACGGCAGUUCGCCCAGAACCAAAAUCUAGCGAAACAAUACAAUGCGAAUCAUGGCAUAAUCAAGAUGCGGGACGACUUCCUCAAGUUCCGUGGAACAACCGGUGCAGACAUCAUCAGGCAAGAACUGCAGAACGGCCCCGUCGAGAGCAAGAAGGCUGACAGGAAUAUUGUGCUUGUUCCUAUUGCGACGAUUGGAUGCGGAAAGACGACUCUGGCUCUUGCGCUGGUGAAGUUGUUUGGUUGGGGUCACUUCCAGAACGACAAUGUCAAGGCGAAAAAGGGUCGAGGGCAGAUCUUCGCAGACACCAUCUCCUCAUUGCUCGUCACAAACCCUGUUGUCAUUGCCGAUCGCAACAACCACCAGAAGCGCGAGCGCGAUCAGAUCAUCAACGAUAUUUCGAGAAACGUACCAGACGCUCGAUUCGUCGCACUGCACUAUGUACAUGACCGGUCUAACUACGACCGCAUUCGACAUGCAACGCAGAAGCGUGUGCUUGAUCGAGGAGACAACCACCAGACCAUCCAAGCAGGCUCGAAAGGCAGUGAUGAGAUAAUCCAGAUUAUGGAAGGCUUUAUGCACCGCUUCCAGCCCGUCGACCCUUCAGACAAACCAGACGAUCUGUUCGAUCUCGUCAUCGACCUUGACCCGACCGUUGACUCGCGCGAGAACCUCGAAACCAUCAUCGGAAAGAUGUUUGAGACAUACCCCGCCCUGUUCGCCGGUAAGGAUAUGCCGACUGACCCGGACAUGGACGCUGCCAUUCAAUGGGCGAUGAACGACUACACACCAGACUUCAAAAUGGACCUCUCAAAAGGUAACAACGACAAGAGAGGCAAUAGUCAAAACUUCCAGAACGGCCAACAACGAGGAGCCAACAACAACAACAACCAGCAAUCCCAGCUCGCAGCCAAGCCAAAGAAGGCACCGCGCAUGGAAUACUUCUCGGUCCGCCUCGACACGAACCGCAUAAACUCCAUCCUCGACUCCUUAUUCAACGACAAAGACGCAAACACCGCACGCAUGUACAAACAACUCAAGCAAACCCGCCGCGUCCAAAACGAAUUCCACGUCACGCUCAUACACCGUGCCUCCGCACCUCAAAACCAGGAAUACUGGGACAAGCUCAGCAAACUCCACGACGCCUCCCAGAAAACUAAUGCCAACGGCACCUGGGAGCCUGAACUGGGUCAAUGCGACGUACUGAUCGAGCGAGUAGUAUGGGACGACCGCAUCAUGUGUUUCGUUGUGCGUUUGAACGGGUCUAGUACACUUCAGAUUGACAGCGCGGCUGGAACGACGACGGAGGAAUUACUCUUUUCGACUGUUAAUCCUACGGCGCAUGUUACGGUUGGGACUGCAGAUCAGAGUAUCAAGCCUAUGGAGAGUAAUGCGUUACUUCAGCGGUGGCUUAAUGGAGGGUCCGGGGGCGACACGGGGAUUGGUGAGAUUAGUGUUAGGGGAAACCAAGUCAUCAAGGGAAGUGUGAGGGGCGUGCUGGGGCGCAUGUAG